ACAAUCAUUUGCUAUUGUUUGAUUUGUAGCAAUUUAGAUGCGACAGGGUACAAAAAUGGUCUUCAGAACUGUGCUCUUCUUCUUCUUCGCCAUUCUCUUAGUUACUACAAGGGUUUCAGCUGAUGAGUUUGAGAACGAAAAGGCCAAGAAGCCGAAGACACCAACUCCCAGCGUCUUACACACUCUACCACUUCCCGUAGAUAAGGUUUACGGUGACCAGAAAUACCUAGGGUCGUUGAUCAAUUUGUUGAGGCAAGCGGCCAUGCAAGCGGCCAAACAAGAAGCCAAAGAAGCGGCCAAAGAGGCAGGCAAAGAAGUGGGGAAAGAUGUAAUGGACACCAUCAGCGGCGGUGACGCUCAUAGUCCAUAACUCCAUGUCUCCAUCGCUUGAACCUAGUCUCCACAACUAAUAAGAGCAUCGUGAAUCAAAUAAUAAGAUUGAGAAUAAUUAAGUCAUUGCAAAUUAUUGUAGUAAAUGUUAUGUAGCUUAAUAUUACUGUUUAAUUAGUAUAAUAGAUUUUACAUAU